GCUACAAUCACCCAGGAGACUCAGGAGUCAGACUGCUCUCUGCUGGACUGGAGGAUCCACACUGCAGACUGGAGAAACUCAAUGGUACUGGGUCAGAAUGUCUGGAGUGUGACUUACACCAAGAAAAGUAUCUGUGCCUUGAAGGGGUCAACAGUGGAGCUGCACUGCUCUUAUACAUAUCCCAGUGGUACAGUCACAACAACCCUCUGGUUCACUGAAUCUGGGACUGGUAAAGAACCUAAAGAUCUAGGUCAGGACCCAGAGUAUGCAGGUCGUCUGGAGUGUCAUGGAGAUCUAGGUCAGGACCCAGAGUAUGCAGGUCGUCUGGAGUGUCAUGGAGAUCAGAAGAAUUGUCACACACUGAGGAUCACAGACCUGAGAGAGAGUGACUCUGCUGAGUACAAGUUCAGAUUAUUAACAGAUCAGACCGGAGGGAAAUAUAUUGGCAGUCCUGGAGUCACUCUGUCUGUCACAGAUGUUGUGUUGGAGAUGGAUCCUACAUCUGUGUCAGAGAGGGAGAAUGUCACACUGAUAUGUAGAACCAAAUGUACACUGGACCCCAUCACAGCCUACAGUUGGUAUAAGAAUGGACAGCCUAUACCAAACAGCAACACCUCCUCUCCUGUCUAUAGCCUAUUCUCAGUCAGCAGUGAGGAUACAGGCCGAUACUCCUGUGCUGUAGAAGGCCAUGAGGAUCUCCCCUCUGCUGAAGAGACUCUCACUGUCACAUAUGGUCCAAGGAACACCUCAGUGUCAGUCAGUCCCUCUGGUGAAAUAAUGGAGGGCAGUUCAGUGACUCUGACCUGCAGCAGUGAAUCCAACCCACCUGUGGACAAAUACACCUGGUACAAGAAGAAUGUUACCUCACCAAAAGCAUCAGGACAGAGUUACAGCAUCACUAACAUCAUCUCUGAGGACAGAGGAGAAUACUACUGUGAGGCUGAGAAUACAAUAGCAUCUAAUAACUCUACAGCUCUGAUGAUCAUUAUAGCAGAGAAACAAACCUCAGUUCUAACUGCUGCUGUAGGAAUCAUAGUGGUUGUUCUGGGUGUCAUACUGGCUUCAUGUCUCUCUGGCUUCAUGUGGUUCAGGAAGAAGGCCUCCAAAUCCACCUUUGACACAAGACACACAGCAGACGACGGACAGGGAGACUCUAGUGCAGUGUAUGUCAACAUCUCAGGCAUGGCCAUGACCCCUGCUGCAGCACAGACAGUGGCCACCUUCGACCAGGAACAGGACGAGGAUGUCCAGCCCACGGUGGAACAAGCAGCUGAGGAGGACCCCUCUGUUCUCUACAGUACAGUCAACAAACCCAGAACCAAGAAGACCUGAACACAACAAACCCAGAACCAUGAACACAACAAACCCAAAACCAAGAAGACAUGAACACAACAAACCAAGAAGACAUGAACACAACAAACCCAGAACCAUGAAGACAUGAACACAAC